AGAUUAAGAAGUGCAUACAUUAAAAAACUGCAAUGUCUUUGCUUUGUAGGUGGGAAAUUACACUGAUAACAAUCAAGUAUCUACCACGGUACAUACAUUCUUACAUGACAUUUUUAUAUAGAGCAAGUUCGCUAUGAAGUCUUAGAUAUGGAUUUUCAUAAUAUCUAACCUAAAAACACACCUAAAUAAUUACCGUUGAUUGUAACAAAAUAGUUUAUUUACUUUCGGUUCAUUGGUCACUGUUAUCGACAACGCCCUUUCCUAUCUGAUAGAUAACUGAUAAAAUGUGGCUAAAGAAUAAUCCGACACAAAGCCAACGUUAUAGUUUGUGUUGAAGGAUUGUUUUCAGUGAUUUUUUUAUUAAAACUUAGUUUUUGUUUGAAUUAAGUUAAUAUUAUUUACAAAAGAAGUCGUGUUAGUUACUUAUAUUGUUUUGUUAUUUUUGUUGAGUUAAUAAAUAAACAAACAUGGUGUUCGAACUUCCGAGAUACAAUAAAUGUUGUUAUUGCAUACCACUUAAAGUCGGCGUGUUGCUUAUCGGAUAUUUUUCUAUAUUUAUGUCCUGUAUGACCUUAGCUACAGUUUCAUGGUCGAUCUUUAGAGUUUCCAAAUUCGUGGAGGAAAAUAACAAUAGACCAAAUCCUGGGCAUUCACCCAGUGAAGUCAGGAAAGCGGCUUUGGGCCUGUAUCUGUCUUUUGCCUACUAUUUAUUGGUGUUCCUGCUCAAUCUUGCGAUUAAUGUCGUGUUAAUUAUUGGCGCACACAGGGAAAAGCCAAACUAUCUGAGGUUCUACUUCAGAGCGACAUUACUUAUGUUCUGCCUCAGUGUUAUAUUGGUAAUUGUGACGUUCGUGUUUAUGGGAUUUUUAGCCACGCUUCCUAUGCUCAAGUGGUCUUUUACACUUCUAGUGGUUAUGAUCAUUGUAAGAAGUUAUUACCUCGUCCUGGAAGACAGAGAAAAGCAGCCGGCUUAUGAACUGCAGCCAUAUGUUCCUGUACAGCAAGCACCGAUAAUGGCUUAAUGAUAGAAAUUGUACUAUAAAAUAGUUAGUAAAAAUACUUAAACAAAAAAUAUUUUUAUUAAUAAGCGUUUCCUUUUUACCGUGGUUAUCGUACAAGGAGGUACCUAUAAGUACCUAGGUACUUAAUGUAGGAACUUAGCACUCAAUGGCUUUUGUUAGUAGUAAAAACAUAUUAGAUACAAUAACUUGACUUUGACUGCACGGUUGCAGUAUGUCGGCUGGCUGCCAUAUGUCGCAGGUUCCAUUCCCGCACGGAACAACUCUUUGUGUGAUCCACAAAUUGUUGUUCCGGGUCUGGGUGUCAUGUGUAUGUAAAAUUGUAUGUUUGUAACCGCACCCACGACACAGGGGAAAAUCCUACUGUGGGACAACUAUUUUUAAAAAUAAAAAUUAAAACUAAAAACAAAUGUUUAAUAUAUCCUUAUAAAGGCCGUAAUUUCCAAUAGAAAAUGGUUAUUGUAAGAUUAGUUUUAAAAAUUAUUAAAAAGUAGUAGGUACUUAUAUCUUUUUGUGUCAUAAUAUUUAGGGGAAAUUAAUAGCUGAAGUUAAAAUUCUAAAUAAUUUCAGUGCAUUAUGCUAAAAAAGAAAUAUAUUUAUAUAUUUUCUACUGUUAAGUACCUAUUUAAAGAUAGAAUUUACUAAUGAAAUUAAUAACUAAAAACAAUAAACACGUUUUUUUAAUAUUGUAAAAAAAAAACUUGUAAUUUUUCUAUAAAUAUACACUAGCAACAUUGGACACGGAAUGUCAACCUCAAAUUAAUACUACCAAAAAGCGUUCAAAGUUGUAUAGUGUCCGAAUAUCUCUUUCUGUCAUAGGAUAAUUUGCUAAUCUUUGCCAUCUCUUUUCUCAUUCUGACAUACCUUUUUAAUUUCCUUACAUAAUAAUGUAAAACGUUGUAGUGUAAAAGUAUUGUUUCACUGACUUUUUCCACAUUUAUUCGUUAUUUAUUGAUAUAAAAGCAAUGCUUUCGUCUUAAGUAUUAUUUAGAAAGUACACAUGAAGUAAAUAAAAUAAAAUAUGGCCAGUUUACCGAGCAAACAAAGUAGUACGCUUGCUCAAAACCAGCUUGUACAAUGGAUAAACGAUGCUGGAAUGGCGGAAGGGGGCAGAAGAUCGGAUUUGCUGAGGAAAGUGGUGGAACUGUUGCUUCAUCAGUGUUCUUCAGUGCUCCCUGUGUACAUAGAUAACAUUCUGAGCUAUGUAAAUGACAAAUCAACGGAUGUAAAGAAGCAGGUCAUCUCAUUUAUUGAAGAGUUGAGCAAACUCCAUCCGCAAUACUUACCAAAAGUCAUCACAGAACUGCGUCUAUUAGUCAGUGACUUAGUAAUCGCUGUGCAGAAGAGAGCCAUUCAGGCAUCCAGCAUUAUAUACCGUAAUACUCUCAUGUGGAUAUGUCAGGGCAAAGCAGAAAUGUCUGAGAUGCAGUUUGUAUGGGAGAAUAUCACACAACUGAAGCUAUUAGUAUUAAACAUGAUAGACAGUGACAAUGAAGGUAUACGGACACACUCAAUCAAGUUCCUUGAGGAGGUAGUUCUGCUGCAGACUCCAAGUGAUGGAGCUGGAGAUGAGUUCAGUCUGGACAUUCUACCCGCUAACAUGACGUUUAUCAACCGACGGGCCUUAGAAGAAGAAUCCGAGCAUAUAUUCGAAUUAUUGGUAAAAUUCCACAACUCUCAACAUAUAUCUAGCGUGAACUUGAUGGCUUGUAUGACCACUCUCUGCCUGCUCGCAAAGUUCAGACCAAAGUUCAUGCCGCGAGUUGUACAAGCACUAGGUGACCUACACACGACACUACCCCCGACCUUAUCACAGUCACAAGUGAAUUCAGUACGCAAACACCUUAAAAUGCUCCUUAUAAAUUUAAUAAAGCAUCCAUCUUCCAACGACAUGAUGCCUCAGUUGACACAACUAUUGUUGGACAUCGGUAUGACGACACAGGAAAUAAAUAAGGUGCUGCCUAAAGAGAAAAGGAAUAAGCGUGUAGGUGAAUUGAAAAAUGGCGAUGCUCCAUCUAAGAGAAUGAGGAUAGAUUCCCCUCAGAGCAACAGCCAGGGCAGUGACAGCAACAGCAGGAGCGACUUCAACAUGUUCGAUGAGGAGACUCCCUCCGCUCCAAAAGCACCCAUAGUUCCUACCGAAGACUCCUUAUUUGAAGGUAUAAACAGUGUUGAUAAUGUGGUCAACCUCGUCACGCACACUCUAGUGAACCACCUACCUAACGAAAUGCCGAACAACUUUGUGAAUGUCUACAAACCUAUUCCUAACUCUGGCACUAAAACACAGAAGAAGAAUCUUGCGAAGAUGUUACUAGCGCUGAUCAACAACAAAGAUGAACCUGAAAUAGUUGCACCAACUGCACCAACUCCACCAACUGCAACAACUGCACCAACUGCAACAACUGCAACGUCUUCCCUUUCUGACGUCACAUCCAAAAUACCGUUACUUAGGGACGACGAGGAAAAAGUCACGCUAAAAAAUGCUGUAGCAAAGUUACAAGAGACGACUAAGGACAGGCAAAUCGAAACCGCGGUAUCGAAGCUUAUGGAGGAAACGAGACAAGACCAUCUGAAGGAAGAGGAAAGGAAACAGAAGGAAAAAGAGAAACAAGUAGCACCACCGACACCAACAGUUCCAAAGUUAAAACAAAAAGUGAAGUUGUUGAAACUGCAGGAGAUUACAAGGCCCAUACCGAAGGAGAUAAAAGAAAAGUUGAUAACUCAGGCUGUGAGUAGGAUACUGAACGCUGAGACGGAGAGCGCCAUCGGGGGAGUAGCACACAUUCGUGCGAAGUUCAUCACAAUAUUUGCAUCAAGUUACACACCAGAAUUACGAGAUUUAGUGUUGAAUCAUAUUCUGGAAGACCCAGCUAACAGGAUUGACUUGGCUUUAUCUUGGCUUUACGAGGAGUACGCAUUUAUGCAGGGUUUUAGCCGUCACCCGGUAACGUUACAGCCCAAAGUACACGAGAAACACGAUCAGAACUACAAUCAGUUGCUUUGCGCGUUGAUAACUCAGAUCGCAGAGCGCGGAGACCCGGUUAUGGAAGGUUCCAGAGACAUGUUGUUGAGGAAGAUCUAUUCAGAGUGCCCAGUUGUGACGGAUGAGGCAGUAGAUUACUUGAAACAUCUUGUUACUGAAGAGAAGGUCGCAUUGUUGGCUCUGGAGUUGUUUGAGGAACUGUGUUUAAUGCGGCCUCCAAGGGCCCACAAAUAUAUCGCUGCGUUGGUGUGUCAUGUUUUAAAUGAAAACGAGGAAAUAAGAGACACGGCACUGAAAGCAGUGUUAAAGGUAUACAGUCGUACAUCAGACGCAGUUCGAAAAGUUAUAGAGAAGCACAGUCUUUUGUAUCUGGGCUUCAUCUCCAUGCCACACCCACCUCAGGAGCUAUGCGACUCGCGCACUGGACGAGCGAUGUGGACCGAUGAACUGUACCACAUGUGUCUCAACCUUAUCAUGGCACUCUUACCAUUGAAUGAAGAGUUAAUAAUCGAAGUGGCCCGUGUGUACGGUACGGCGGGUUCGGAAGCCAAGCGCUGCGUGCUUCGCGCGGUCGAGGGCCCCGUGAGGGCCGCCGCGGCCGCGCAAGCCACUCGGCUGAGCCCGGCCUACGUCGCAUUGCUCGACGAGUGCCCACGAGGAGCCGAGACCUUACUAACGAGACUAGUCCAUAUAUUCACUGAGAAGGCACCCCCGUCACAAGAGCUGGUAUCAAAAGUGCGGGAACUGUAUGCGACGCGAGUGUCAGACGUUCGUUUCCUUAUACCCGUACUCACUGGACUGUCUAAAAAGGAGAUUCUGGCAGCGCUACCGAAGCUUAUAAAAUUGAAUCCUAUGGUUGUGAAAGAAGUUUUCAACAAGUUAUUGGGACUACAGAAUCCUCACGAUGAGCAUUCACCAGUUACUCCUGCAGAACUGUUGGUCACCCUCCAUCUGAUAGACCCGAGCAAGGCAGACCUCAAGUACAUUAUCAAGGCGACCGCGCUGUGCUUCGCUGAGAAACAAACUUACACGCAGGACGUGUUAUCAGCAGUAUUACAGAGGUUGUCCGAAGAACCGGAGAUCCCAGUUCUGAUGAUGAGGACUGUGUUACAAGCUCUCACAUUGUACCCAUCGCUUGGGCCGCUCGUACUUAACAUAUUGCAGCUGCUUAUUGAAAAGGAGGUGUGGCUGAACAAGGUGGCGUGGGAGGGCUGGGUGAAGUGUUGCGAGCGGCUGGUGCCUGCGUGCGGCGCGCUGCUGGCGGCGCUGUGCCCGCGCGCGCUGGCCGCCGCGGCCGCCGCGCCUGCGCUCCGCGCCGCGCUUCGCGCCCAUCUGCUGGCGCUGCCCGCGCCCGCGCGCGCCGCGCUGCCCCACCACGUGCACGCGCUGGCACAGCAAGAACCAGCGCCAGCGUAUGCAACGGCCCCUACCCCGGGCCCGGGCAUGGCGCCGAUGUCAAUGCCCCCUCCGUCCAUGACGCCGGUUCCAUCAUCCACACCCAUUCAAACCCUCGCUCCAGUACCUCCACCCAACCCAGUGGAACCGUUACCGCCAGGAAUGGAAUGACGAACGUGCUGCCCUUCUUUUGACGAAGAAGCAAAUUAUUAUUAAAGUGGAUAAACUUGUGUUUACUGUAUCAUAAAAAUAAUAUUAAAUAAUGUUGAAAUUGAA